CCAGUAUCGGCGCCGAUGACGAUGGUCUCCCUCGUGACAAUCGUUCGCUAUCAUUGAACCGAAACCAGAAACCGCAAACUCCCAGCCUCGACUUGAACAGCCACACAAUUUCUCUUGACAAUCUCCCGAUAAGGCCACCCACCACCAAACCCAUCCUCACGAUCCUCAUCAUGGGCGGAAACGCAAGUAAAGUCACAGCCCAGGACAAGGCCAUCCUGGACAUGAAGAACCAGCGCGAUAGACUUCACCAAUACCAACGGCGCAUAACAGUCCUCACGGAUAAAGAGACCGAUAUCGCAAAGCAGAUGCUGGCCAAAGGCGACAAGAAGCGCGCUCUAUUAGCCCUGCGGCGCAAGAAGUAUCAAGAGUCGCUAUUAGCUAAGACAGAUGCGCAAUUAGCUCAGCUGGAGAAAUUGACGAACGAUGUCGAGUUUGCGCUUAUACAGAAAGAUGUGGUGUUUGGACUGCAGCAGGGUACAAAGGUGCUUAAGGAGAUCCAUGCCGAGAUGGGUGGGAUUGAGAAUGUGGAGAAAUUGAUGGGCGAGACGGCGGAGGCUAUUGCAUAUCAACAAGAAGUCAGCGAUAUGCUUGGAGGUCGUAUUUCCAACCAGGACGAGCAAGAGGUGGAAGACGAACUGGAAGCUCUCGAAGCCGAACUCACAGGUCCAGCCAAGCUACCCUCCGUCCCCGUGGCAAAUCUACCAGAAGUACAGAAGAAUCAAGAAGUCGAGGCACAAGCCGAGAGAGCGAAGCAACCAGCCAUGCUGGCAGCAUAGACGAGGAGCAAAGCGAGACAUUUGGUUUCAAGGCAUUUUGGGCAGAGCAUUUUACAUUUCGAGACGUACGUUCUGCUAUACUUAGACUUGGGUGUAUACAGCGGGCAACACGAGGCGUUGAGGCAUUUCUGCAUUUGAAUCAUGAAAUAUAGUAUCUUGGACUUCUAUCUGCUAUGCGUACUUGCUGAUGAGUUUCCUCAUGAUGGACAUGGCGCCUCCUCGGUAGCCACCACCAAACAUGGCAUAGUGGUUGAGAUGAUGGUAUCUGAGACGAUGUUAGUAUCGUGGAGUUUGAGGGAAAGGGUGGUCUUACAGUUCGUAUAGCUUCACUCUGUCUGGCCACUCAGCUACUGGCUCUGCCGUUGGCACCAGUUCAUGGUACUCCUUCCAGAAGUGAUUGGUGAAGCCACCAAACAUGUUCAUGAUGCCGAGUUCAAACUCAGAGUGGCCAUAUACAGCUGAGGGAUCGUAGACAACUUCUUCGCAUCCACCCUGACCUGCGAUCUGCCCCUUGGAAUGAUUUCCACUCCAUAGAUCGCCAUGAAUAACGACAGGUUUGAUGUUCUUUACAACAUCAUCCCCAAUCAGCCGUGGUACAACUUUGCUCGCAACUGUCUCAACAACUUCUUCAAGUUCUGGAUCAGCACCGUUGUUGCGAACUGCCUGACGCGCGAUAUGUCUCAGACGGUUAUUCGCGUAAAAGUCAGCCCACGACUCUCGCCAUGAGUUAUCCUGCUCUGUAGCACCGCAGCAUGUAGGGACUGGGAACCCAAACAUUUGCUUGUCAUAGCCUUCUGGGAUGGGAGCUGGUGUUGUGUGUAGCUGCGCAACUUUUGAAGCUAGAGUCUUGCCUGAACCACCAGGUGCUGAUGACCCCAGAUCGAGAAAGUCAGUGGCGAGGAAGUGUUGCCCUGGACGGCCUGUGAGAGCUCCGUGGGCAUGAGAUCUGGGACAGAAGUUGGGAACUGAGUCUGCUAUGGCGUUAAGGGAGGCGUGUUCACCUGUGCUCUGUUAGAUCAUGAUAUUAGUAUGUGUAUAAAACGCAUACUUACCCGUAAACAUAACCUCAGCUUCCUUCCCUGUACCAGUUUUGACAAAGUAAUUCAAAGGCUUCCCGUCCUUCUCAGAGGUUAUCUUGAACGUAGAAGCAAAGCCCGAUCCACCAUGA